AUGGGUCCAUCAACAUGUUUCUUCGUGUUCUUUUCGCUCUUCCUUGGGGCGUAUGCGAGGCUUCAUCCAGUGAUGCACCCAAUCGAAAACGAAACUCGAACCGUGAGUCCAGACGUGAUUGCGAAGGCAUGCGAACCAUCUAUGGAGAAAGACUUCUGCAUUUCGGUCCUCAAAACUCAAUCCAUCGGCGACAUUAAGAGCUUGAAACAGGCGACCUUCGUGGCACUCCAGACUGCAUCGCGUGAAGCGGUGGCCACAGCUGAGUUGAUAAAGAUUACGAGGCAAAAGGAAGAGGAGAAGGACGUUGUGGAGGAUACGAUAGAAGAGGAAACGUUGGCAGAUUGUAGCCAGAGCUACUCAAGCAUCGUGGACAUGCUGGCGGAUGCGACCAGUGCAUUGUUGACAGGGCCUAAUCAGUUGGACGUGGGGGUUCAGAUUCUGGCUGCAAUGACGACGGCAGAGACGUGUGGAAAGAGCAUUAGCGCUGGGAAGAAGACUCGUCAAGUAGAGGAGGUGGCUAAAAAGAAUGAAAACGUCAGGAAGUUGUGUUCAAAUGCUUUGAGCAUUUACAACGUCUAUGCCAAGGGAAAUUGA